AUGGCCACCACCACUGCGCCGUCGGUGCAGCAAACGAUCGACCGUCUGAGACUGGAGACGGCGACGCUUGAUGAGAUUAGGGAGAAGGCGAAUGUGAUCCAGUGGGACAAGAUCAAGUCGCCCACUGACCAGGAGGUCGUGCCGUACGAUGACCUUCCUGAAGUUCCCCAAGAUCCAGCGGUGGUGAAGGAGCUGCUGAGCAAGCUGGCGGUGAUGAAGCUCAACGGCGGGCUGGGCACCACCAUGGGCUGCACGGGACCCAAGUCAGUCACGCUCACCCCUUCACCCUCUCAACCUUCGCGCCUGUCGCUUCCUGCUCCUCCUUUAUGUCUACCUACCGUGCUCGGUGCUAACGGUUCUCUUUUCGGGAUUUCAGGUACGUCUGUCCCUCGGAAGGCCAAUCCAAGCCUGUCACCCCAGUUGCGAUCGCGCGUGGACCUGUCGCUGACUGUGCUUUCGUUCUCCUGGCAGACGUUGAACGGCAAGUACGGGUCGAGCGUGCCGCUGGUGCUAAUGGACUCGUUCAACACGCACGACGACACUCUCAAGAGCCAGUACCCGCGGGUGGUGGCGGACGACAACACGCCGUGGCCUGCCAAGGGCCGCAAGGACAAGGCCGCUUGGUACCCUCCCGGGCACGGCGACGUGUUCCCCGCGCUCUGCAACAGCGGCGUGCUGGACCAGCUGCUCGCCGAGGGCAUCGAGUACGUGUUCCUGGCGAACGCGGACAACCUUGGCGCCACAGUGGAUCUGCGCAUUCUCAACUUCAUUGUACAAAACAACAACGAGUACUGCCUCGAAGUGACGCCAAAGACGUUGGCGGAUGUGAAGGGCGGCACCAUCAUCAACUACGACGGCAAGCUGCAGGUGCCCACCCGCUCCAACCCCUCGCUGCACCACCCCCUCGCUGCACCACCUCCUCGCUGCACCACCCCCUCACUGCACCACCCCCUCGCUGCACCACCCCCUUGCUGCACUGUAUCGGAGUUUAAGUCCAUUGAGAAGUUCAAGAUCUUCAACACCAAUAACAUAUGGCUCAACCUGGCGGCCAUCAAGAGGCUGGUGGAGUCAGACGCCCUCAAGCUCGACAUCAUCCCCAACCCCAAGGAGGUGGACGGGGUGAAGGUGCUGCAGCUCGAGACGGCUGCCGGUGCCGCCAUGAAGUUCUUUGAUCGUGCCAUUGGGGUGAAUGUGCCUCGCUCGCGCUUCUUGCCCGUCAAGGCCACCUCCGACCUCCUGCUCGUCCAGUCGGAUCUGUACACGGUGGAGGACGGGCUCGUCACGCGCAACCCGGCCAGAACCGCUGCCGCCAACCCCACCAUUGACCUCGGACCCGAGUUCAAGAAGGUGGCGGAUUUCCAAAAGAGGUUCAAGGCCAUCCCCAGCAUCAUAGAGCUGGACAGCCUCAAGGUGUCGGGCGACGUGAGCUUCGGGGAGAACGUCACUCUCAAGGGCAAGGUGGCGAUAGAGGCGCCCAAAGAUGACAAGAUUGUGGUGGCUGAUGGCACUGUGCUGGAGGGAUAG